AUGACGAUCCUGCUCGAGACCCUGCGCGUGCUCACCACCUGCUCCUCCGUGCUGCUCAACGUGUCGCCGUGGCCCGAGUUCGCCCGCAUCAACCGGCAGCGCACCCCCGGGCCGCUCACAGUGCUGCCGGUGGUCAUGCUCUACUGCAACAGCUUCCUCUGGACGAUCUACGGCUUCAUGGUGGGGCAGCUCUUCCCGCUCUUCGCCACGUGCUCCCUGGGCCAAUGCACCUGCGCCGGCUUCAUCGCCGUCUACUACCGCUGGAGUCCGGACCGACCGGCGGUGCGUCGACUCCUCGCUAAGGCGGCAUCUGUCAUGGCGCUCUGCUUUGCCUACGUCGUCCUCGGCGCCCACGGGCUCACCAACCAGUCGCGGGAGCAGGUCAUCACGACGCUGGCGCUCAUGUGCAUCUCCGUCAACAUCUGCCUGUACGCGUCGCCGCUGGACACGAUGAAGCGCGUGGUGCGGACCAAGUCGGCGGCGUCGCUGCCCAUCUCGCUCUGCACCGUCAACCUCCUCAACGGCCUGCUCUGGGUGGCCUUCGGCAUCACCGAGGGCGACUACUACGUCCUCACCCCGAACGCGAUCGGCUCCGUGCUCAGUGCGGCGCAGGUGGCGCUCUACUUCACUUACUGCGACACGGAGGAGUCUCGUCUGGAGGAGGUGGAGAUCCAGGCUGCCGCUGCGGCACUGGAGGCCGCAACAUGUAGCAAGGCGGCUAGCGUCAAGGCUGCGAGCUCCUACGGCAGUCUCAACAAGACCCCAUCGACGACGUCGUUUGUCCCGCACACUUACCACUCGGUCGUCGACGUGCACACAGAGAAGGAGCCACUGCUGGUUGUAGCUGCUGCCAACUAA